AUGGUGCUUUAUUCUGAGCAUCAACUGGCACAUUCCUCAAAACCAUGCAUUAACAUUCCCGAGGACAACGAUACUAUAACAAGACAAGUAACGAGGAGCAAAGAUGAAGAGUUGAAAAUUUACCCGCUGCUGUUCACGUUCCAAUUAGCUCAUGAAGGUCAUAAACACCUUCAAGAGAACUACACAGAAAUUUAUACAUCUGUGAAGAAACACCAUGAGUCUCGAAACAAAGAAUAUCCGGAACUUAUUUUUGUUGUUCUGAAUCCCUCUGUUUUACGCUGGUACGAAGAUGGAGAAGAGGUAUACAACGUGUGGUAUUCAUCUGCAGUGGAGAAAUUUCACGAAGAGUUCGAUGAGCACUGGUUCAAGCAUAUGCAAACUCAUAUGGAUAGGUUUCCAGAUCCAAGAAUGGCUCACGCGCCAAUGGAGGAGUUUGCUGCAGAAGAUUUGAUGCAUCUUACAAAACGAUUCGGCUUCCGCAAUUACGACACAGGUGAAGGCUAUGUUCGAACUGUUACCAACAGAAAAUUCUUACCGAGAAAAGAAGGGAAAACGAAAAAGAUGCACCAUAUGACUGCUAAAGCCAUAAAAGCGAUGGAAGUUGAGAUUGAAAAGCCCCUCAUGGAUAUCGAAAUGGAAGACUCAAAAGUUGCAUUGAAGCAAACGGAAGGAAAUAUUGAGAAAAAAAUGGAACAGGAUGAGAGAAGGGAUGGUCACGUUUUCAAAAUUCCAGCAAUACCCAUAAAUGAACCAAGACCGUCCGAGAAAUUUAUUAAACCUGUGGAAGAGCAAAGAAAAUCAUCCGAUGCGACUGAACAAAAGCCACCAGGCUCACAAGAUAAUCUAGAUGACGAAGAAACCGAGGACGAUGGGAAAGACGUGUCUCCCGAUGGAGUGAUCGUGUAUCCAGAGAACUUGAAUGAUUUUUUCCGCCACAUGAGAGCAAAGAAAAACCAGAAAAAUCGUCUUCUCAAAGAGCUUGAAGAUCGCGUUGUCAAGGAGAGACCUGCUAGGAAGAAAAAAGUGGACCAUGUUGCAGUAGAAGAAAACAUUUUACCCGAGGGCGACGAAGCUGAUGCCAAAGAUACCACUGAUGCAAAACCAACCCUUACCGAAAGAGACCCGUUUGACCAAUUUGCAAUACCGCAUCAUUGGAACAUGCUCGGUUCAUUACAAUCAGAUUCAAGCUGUCAGCCAUCAACGUCGGGAUUACAACCAGACCAUCGUGGACGUCCAAAGCGGCAAAGACAGGAGCCUGCCCAAGUGUACAAGCCCGAAAAAAUCAAGUUCCGACCAACCAAACGACGAUGA